UCAAGGGAAAACAAUUUCCCUUCAGGCUUGAAGUUGCUGGCUGAAGGGGCAGUGCAGCCUAUUGUAGAUAUUGUUUUGAUCCAUGGCCUAACUGGCGACCGAGAGAGAACCUGGAGGGCGUCAAGUAGCACCAGUCCUUGGCCCACGCGCCUGCUGCCUGCUGAGAUCCACAACGCGCGGAUACUCACAUUUGGGUAUGAUGCCUAUGUAGCGGACUGGCGUCAUAUGGUCUCGUUCAGUAGGGUUGGGAACCAUGCAAUGAACCUACUUACAGCUUUGGCUACCUGGCGGGAGAAAGAUAAGACUGAUGGACGUCCAAUUAUAUUUGUUUGUCAUAGCUUAGGAGGAAUAGUUUGUCAGGAUGCCCUUACCACUUCCCAACAUUAUCCUGACACUCAUAUCCACAAACUCGCCCAAUGUACCUUCGGGAUUAUAUUUUUCGGAACACCCCAUAAUGGGUCAGGUCUGGCUCAGUGGGCUGAAAAGCUCGCUAAGUCUAUCAAUCUCUUUAAACAAGCAAACUCACAAAUAUUGGAAGUUCUUAAGCAAGAAUCAGAAGUGCUUGCCAGGAUCCAAAACAGUUUUCAUGCAUUUAUCCGGUCGCGAUACGAAAUCCAUGGGAAAGGCUUGAAAAUCACAUGCUUCUAUGAAGAGCUCCCUCUUCCUGGAAUUGGACCAGUUGUUCCAUUGCAAUCAGCAAUAAUACCUGGGUAUCCAUCAAUUGGCAUUCAUGAUAACCAUGUGGGCAUGACAAAGUUUGAGAACAAGAAUGACCCUGGAUUUAUCGCCUUGAUUGGAGAGCUCAGUCGUUGGAUUCAGCAGAUUGAGCCCCUUGAUAUCAAUAAUAGUGGGAACGCUGCAGCUGUUUUGACAGAUCAAGCUGGAACAGAACAAAACCAAAAUGCGUACCAGAGCAGCUUACAGUCCGGUCUAUACCAGAACUGGGAUGCAUCCAUGCAUGAAGCAACCGCAAUCAGUGCAAAUAUUCAGCUUUUUACCGACGACAUACAUUUCAUACCAUGGCGCCAUCGAGAACUCACUACUACCGAGAUUGACCGAUCUCUCAUAUCUACUCUACAGAGACCGCUUGGGGUUAAAAACAGCAAUGAUCCAGUAUGGGUAAUCUAUUUCGGUCUCGUUGAAGGGCACCCUGAGUUUGUUAAAAUUGGAAUAACAUCAAGGGAUCCUCAAUGCAUACUCCAACAAUUGACCCAAGACUAUGGCUUCAGUGUGUCAGACAUAUAUACAUACAAAGUAAACCAUAUUUGGAAGAGACUCGAGGCUUUGCUCUCUCUGGAACUGAGCAACGAGCAGUACAGGACGGUAUGGAAAGGCAAACACGGCAGAAUGGUUUAUAAAGUAGGGUUGGAUAAGGUUCAGCACAUUUUGAGUCGAUGGUUUAGACUUAUUGACCCAGCAACGACACCGAGCCUUUAUGAUCAACAUGGCCAGCUCCAUCGAUUCUGGUAUGAUCGAGCACAAAACAUUGCCUCAAGUGUCAGCAGCACACCAGAGUACAA